AUGGUGCUCUUGCGCGAUAAGAAGCCCCUCGAGUGGACCAUUGACCAGCUAGCUGAGCGCGGCCUGGAUGACACUGUGCGCUUCUUGUAUUCGUCGUACGCCACGACUUGUCUGCUACUGACGCUCUAUCAUCGACCGCAGCGACGCGGCGUGCUGGUGCACUUUGAUGGCGCCGGGCGCUCGUUUUUGGACGAUGUGCUCGCGGAACUCGAGUAUGAUGAUGAGGAUGAGCCUUUGGAAGCCGGCAUCAUUGGUGGCUUCAACGACGAAGGUGGCUAUUCUAUUCAGAACUUUGAGGCUUUGAUGGAGGAUAUGCAAGGACACGAAGCACGGUUUGAACUCCGUAUUGUUCGGGCGUGUGCCUCAAACAACCGGGUAGCCUCUGCGCCCCACCCACUGGCUGUCAAAAUGGGUCUGGAAGACGACUUGCAACGGCCUCGUCAUACCAGUGCGGCCUUGGACGUGCGGACAGGUCAAAUCCUGGCCGUCACGCUCGUAGAGCCUGAUGUCGCCGCUGUAUCCUCGGAAAAUCUUCUCCGAGACAUUCGCUGUCUCACAAACUGCAACCGUCUGUCCAACUGCUACAAUCAAGAUAUUGAUUGUUAUGUCAUCGAACCGUGGGAUUAUCGACCGUGGAAUCCGGUGUUGUAUUUGACUUUGCCGCGAGCCGAGCUCGCUCUGCGGCUGUCCACAUCUCCCUUUGCCGAGGAUGACAACUUUAGCGCCCGGUUGCAAAAGUCCCUGUACUACAUGCAGCAGCACCUUGACCCCUUUGCACAUGGUGCCAUCCGCUUUCCUCGUCUCAGCACGGCCGCCUCCUCGUAG